AUGGAGAUGGAGCUCACCCUGCCUGGCAAGCUGUUCCGGAGGGACUGUAGGCCGGCCGGCCCGGCCCGGCCAGAGGCUAAGAGCACCAUCAAGCUGCUGCAGUGGAACAUCGAGCGAGGCUACCAGCUGGCUGGCAUCAUCGAGGAGCUGCGAGCCAUCGAUGCUGACAUCCUGUCCCUGCAGGAGGUGGAUGUGGGCUGCGAGCGCAGCGGCAGCGUCGACACCGGCGUGGCCAUUGCCGAGGCCCUCCAGCUGAAUUACGUCUUCCUUUCAGAAUUUGAGGAGCUGCACUCGCCGCUGCGGGACGCCAGGACACAGGCAGGCAAGCGCUGA